AUGUGGUACAAGAACACAAAAGCCCUGGCACAGUUGAUGUUGGUAGGAACAGUGAUGGUUGGCAUGGCAAUGGGAGAUUCAUCGAAGGACAAGGAGGAAUGCACAGAGCAGUUGGCAGGGCUAGCAACAUGUUUGCCCUAUGUUGGGGGCCAAGCACAAGCUCCAACCCCAGAUUGUUGCAGUGGUCUCAAACAAGUGCUGAAGAACAAGAAAAAGUGUUUGUGUGUAAUAAUCAAAGAUCGCAAUGAUCCUGAUCUUGGUGGUUUGCAGAUUAAUGUCACUUUGGCUUUGAACCUCCCCACUGCUUGCAAUUCCCCAGUCAAUGUGUCCAAGUGUCCCGAGCUGUUGCAGAUGGAUCCCAAAUCACCAGAGGCACAAGUGUUUUAUCAGCUGGAGAAAGGCUCCACAAAAAAUGGCACAAGUCCUGCACCAACUCCUUCAGCUAAAGUUGGGGCAAAUCCUUCAAGCAACCAGACAGCCACUACACAGAACAAUGAUGCAUUCUGCAAAGACAAUAGAAUUUUUGGAUUAAAUGUUUUGGCUAUUGCACUUCAAGUUUGGGCUUUAAUUGGGCUUUUCUGCUAA